UCAGUGGUAUGGAGGAGGACUUCGAAGUGUUCCAGGAACAAGCUGUAACUAAAGCUUCUCCAUGUGAAGCUGAACUUCAGGAAUUAGUGCAUCAAAUUGACAUCAUGGUAAACAGAAAGCAAGUAGAAUGGGAAAGAAAGAUGAGAGCUUUGGAAGCAAAGAUGGAUAUCCAGGAUCAAGAAUUAGCAAGUGCCCAAAGCAAACUGGAUCAAAAAGGUCAAGAGGUGGGACUACUUCAACAAGAAUUGGAAAACUUACAGAAAACUAAAAAUGAAAUGGCUCAGAGUUACGAAACUCAGCUUCAAGCACUGAAAUCUCAAUUUUCAAAGUUGAUACAUAGCUAUGAAAAGCUACAGUCUUACCAGUUAAAACAAAAAAAGCUCGAAAGUAGAGAAAAAUGUGAGGAAAAUCUGGAGACAUCAUCUAACCCAAGGAAUUUAUACGUGAAACUGGAGGGAUUUAAGGCAAAAUCACAAGAAUGGGAGAAGAACGGGACAACCUGUGUAAAUAGCCCUGUUUAUGGAGAUAUGCAACAAAAAUUAUUGCCUGAGAAAUGUAAUUUAUUUCAGAGGCAGAGCCAGAAUUAUCAACUCCAAAUAUGCAAUAAGAAACAAGACCAAGAAGAGCUAAUUACCUAUACCCAGCCCAAAAGUGAAAAUCAUGAUUUGAUUAUUGAAAAGCUAAAGGCAAUUGUGAAUGAAAUAGCAAGAAACAAGAAUAAACUGGUAGAGGAAAACAUGAAACUCCGUGAGGAUCUAAAAAUUUACCAAGAUCAGUGCCAGAACAUGGAGGCAGAUAUCUCAGACAUGAGAAAUGAGCUUCACUCAAGGGAUGGUCUCUGGAGAAGGAUACAACUGGAAUGCCAAAAGCUGUAUACAGAAUUACUGAAAAUCAAAGAGUAUAAAGAUAUACAGGAAAUUCAAAUAAAAUACGGAGGGCAUCAAUCAUCUCAUGUUCAGCUUACUGAGCAACUAGAAAAUAAAAACCCUGAGUUAUUGCUGUUUGCAGAAAGUCAUGAAUGCCAAGAAGAAGACCUGAACAAGAUAAGAAACCAUGUUUAUCGAGAGGAGCAGUCCCAUUGCUCUGAGCAGGAAAGAAUGAAGACAGAAAUCUCUGACCUGACAGAGGAGCUUCAUCAGAAGGAGAUCACUAUAGCAACUAUCAUGGAGAAAGCUACUCUUCUGGAAAGACAGUUAAAAAUGGAAUUAGAGACAAAACACAAAUUGUUAACAAAACAGCAGUUGUUGGAAUUCCAUUACCAAGUUAUCAAAUCUGAAAACACACAUCUAAAAGAAAUGAUGGAAAACCAGGAAUGUGAAAGUUGCAUGUGUAUAGAUUUAUGUAACAAAGAACAUGGAAAUUUCACAGCUUCUGUUCACAAAAUGAAGCAUGAGAAUUUAAGACUACAAAAUAGCCUUGUUAAACCACAAAAUGACACAGGAACAUCUAUACUGAGUUGCAUGGAUGCGUGCAGAGAAACAGAGCACAGCUGCCAAACCCAUUCAAAGAUGCAAGAAAAGGAAGAGAGAUCCUUCCAAAAUAAAGAUUCAUGGGAAGUGGAAUGUCAACAGACUGCUGUGCUCACUGCUGGUGGAUACCACAGACACUGCACUCCUGCUUUGUGUGGCCACUGCAAUAUCACUGGUUCAAAAAGUGAUAGCACUUUAUCUUCUCAUCCACUUCACAGAGGCCAUGAAAAGAAAAUAGAUUCUAAAUCUCCCUUACCACCAGUGGGGUGUCCUUUGGGCCUUCCUGGGCCAUUUCCUGAAGUGGCCAGAACAGGCAGCUUUCAGAGCCCUGCUUACAAUGCGGAAGAAAUCAAAUUAUCAUCUCCCCCUGAGAUGUCCUUCCUUGCAACAGCAGAAAAGUUCCUUCAAGAGGAAGAGAAACACGCCAGAGAAUUUGAAGAACGUUUAAAUUCACACCUUGAAGAGCUGCAAAGAUAUUCUGAAAAUACUCUAAAAAAAUAUGCCAGGAUGCAGCAAAGCAGGCGUACUUAAGACAGUCACACAAUUAAGAAAAACAAACCAAGUAAUCACUCAUGAGUUUCUCAGAACUAAAAUCUGCAACUAGCUGGUUAAUGUAUUUAGGCACAUUGCCAAUAGCAUGUAUUUGUAACACCAAGUUUUCAAGAAAAUCAUCAUUCUCCUACAGAUUUAAGUAUAUUGUAACUUGAGUAUAUGACAAAAUAAACUCUGAACAUAUUCUAAAUUAUACCAGUGGGUUUUGCACGGUUAAAUUGUGUGCAGCAGAGACCCUGUUGGAGCACUGUAAAUUAAGAUACUUUAAAUUCUGUAAUGUACAGAGGGCUAAUAAGUGGAAUUAUUCCCUUGAAAUUAGAAUCAACUAAGAGAAAU